AUGCCGAACCGCAAGGCCAGCCGGAAUGCCUACUAUUUCUUUGUGCAGGAGAAGAUCCCCGAGCUCCGGGGCCGAGGCCUGCCCGUGGCUCGCGUGGCUGAUGCCAUCCCCUACUGCUCCGCUGACUGGGCGCUCCUGAGGGAGGAAGAAAAGGAGAAAUACGCAGAAAUGGCUCGAGAGUGGAGGGCUGCCCAGGGAAAGGACGCCAGGCCUUCGGAGAAGCAGAAACCUGUUUGCACCCCGCUGAGGAGGUCAGGCAUGCUCGUGCCAAAGCAGAGUGUCUCACCCCCGGAUAUGGCCAGCUUGUCUCUGAAAAGUGAUCAAGCUCUCCUUGGAGGCAUUUUUUAUUUUUUGAACAUAUUUAGCCAUGGUGAGCUACCUCCUCAUUGUGAACAGCGCUUUCUCCCUUGUGAAAUAGGCUGUGUUAAAUAUUCUCUCCAAGAAGGUAUUAUAGCAGAUUUCCACAGUUUUAUAAAUCCUGGUGAAAUUCCACGAGGAUUUCGGUUUCAUUGUCAGACUGCAAGUGAUUCUAGUCACAAGAUUCCUAUUUCAAAUUUUGAACCUGGGCGUGACCAAGCAGUUGUGUUACAAAACCUUUAUAGAUUUAUUCAUCCAAGCCCAGGGAGCUGGCCACCUAUCUACUGCAAGUCUGAUGAUAGAGCCAAAGUCAACUGGUGUUUGAAGCAUAUGGCGAAGGCAUCAGAAAUCAGGCAAGAUCUAGAACUUCUCACUGUAGAGGAUCUUGUGGUGGGGAUCUACCAGCAAAAAUUUCUCAAGGAGCCCUCUAAGACCUGGGUUCGGAGCCUCUUAGAUGUGGCCAUGUGGGAUUAUUCUAGCAACACAAGGUGCAAGUGGCAUGAAGAAAAUGAUAUUCUCUUCUGUGCGUUAGCUGUUUGCAAGAAAAUUGCGUACUGCAUCAGUAAUUCUCUGGCCACUCUCUUUGGAAUCCAGCUCACAGUGGCCCAUGUACCACUCCAAGAUUAUGAGGCCAGGAAUAGUGUGACACCCAAAAUGGUUGUAUUGGAUGCAGGGCGUUACCAGAAGCUAAGGGUUGAGAGUCCAGGAUUCUCUCGUUUCGACUCUUCUAAUCAGAAACAAAGAUCAAAUACACCCACUGGUGACUACCCAUCUGGGAUGAAAAUUUCUGGCCAAAACAGCAGUGUUCGCGGAAGAGGGAUUACCCGCUUCCUAGAGAGCCUCUCCAGCUCCUCCAGCAGUAUCCACCAAUUCUCCAGCUGCGAGACCUCACUCUCACCUUACGUGUCCCAAAAAAGUGGAUGCAAAUCUUUCUCUUCUUUAUCUUAAUGGUGAUACUUUUUUCCAUUUCUGGAAAAAUAACAGGCCCAACUUCCCUUCUGACUACAGUCCUAUUAAACAGAUCACAUCAAUGAUAAAUGUCACUACUGUAAAACUGCUUAAUUUGCAAGGAAAUUCUGUUUCAUAGAUUAAA